UCAUGAUAGGUACCUUGUAUCCCUGACGAAAGUGACAGUGGGAAGUGCAUCUGGUGGAGCCGCAUCCUCCCAUCGCUCCGGACUCUAACCGGUGAUAAUCCAGCUAAUAUCAGCUGGAUAUACGAGCAGCAGCCACACUGUUCCCUGUCAGUCGACCAGCUCAGCGCGGUCGUGUUCGUCCCUUCCCUCCAGAAACUUCUAGAGCCCGGGAAUUUAACGGAAGAGAAAGCUCCGAAAAAUGAACGAGAGUGAGCUCAGUUCCCCGCUGGCGGAGUACGACUUCGAGCGGCGUUUCGACGAACGACGAGCCCUGGAAUGGAUGCAGGAAAACUGGAGCAAGUCAUUCAUGUUCUGUGGCCUGUAUGCUGCGUUCGUGUUCGGGGGUCAGCACUUCAUGAGGGAGAGGCCGAAGCUGAACCUGCGACGCCCGUUAGUGCUGUGGUCACUCAGCCUGGCCGUCUUCAGCAUCAUCGGAGCUCUCAGGACCGGACUCUACAUGAUGCACGUCCUCACCACCAGCGGCUUCAGACAGUCGGUGUGUGACAUCAGUUUCUACAGCGCCCCCGUCACCAAGUUCUGGGCCUACGCCUUCGUUCUCAGCAAGGCCCCCGAGCUGGGUGACACAGUGUUUAUCGUCCUCCGGAAGCAGCGCCUCAUCUUCCUGCACUGGUACCACCACAUCACCGUGCUGCUCUACUCCUGGUACUCCUACAAGGACCAGGUGGCGGGCGGCGGUUGGUUCAUGACCAUGAACUACAUGGUUCACUCUUUCAUGUACACCUACUACGCAGCCCGGGCGGCCGGCCUGCGGGUGCCCCGUCCCUGUGCCAUGGUCAUUACGGUCACCCAGAUCCUUCAGAUGGUGAUGGGUCUGGCCGUGCUGGGCCUGGUGUACCACUGGAUGCACGAUGUGCGCUGUCCAUCCAACCUGGACAACAUCACGUGGGGCUCGCUCAUGUACCUCAGCUACCUGAUCCUGUUUGCCUUGUUCUUCUACAACACCUACCUCAGAGGCUCCUCUGGGGACAAGGGAUCCAAGGCAGAGUAGCACGUCUGCACUGUGCUCAACAGUCGUAUUAAAGUGUGCCAUAAGCAGAAAUGACCAACAGUAAGGGGCCAUGAGGGUGUGAGUCACAGCUAGUUACCCAGUUGCUCGGCCCUCCUCUUGUUAUGACGUUCUCACCUGACUUUUUAUCGGCAUCUGUAGCUCAAAACACAGUUGGAGAGAGGAGACCAGUCCGGACUCAGCACAGUUUAAUAUGAUCUCGUGAUUAGUUGGGAGAACACAAUGUAAAAUGAUCAUAGAAGCAUAAGGGCGAGUACCAUGUUUGUGUUUGACUAACGUAGUACUCACUUCAUUUAAUUUAUUGCCUUGGCAACUUGCGCUCACAAAAAAAAACGCCAUAUGAGGGCCAAAUAUUUGUCAGAGGUGGUUAGCAAAUGUUUGUAUGUUGUAUGUGCAUCUAAAAGCUCUGAACUAGAAAAAUGUACAUAAGAAUUUUAAAUUGUUAAAGGAGCUAUUUUUACGUUUUGCUCUUGCUACAUAGCUAGCGUUAGCAUCAACAGCUGUUUACUUACCAGUCUUGGCAAGAGCUUCACCUAUCAUUGCGCUACUUCCUCUGGGCAGCCUGGAUGCUACAGUGACUCGGUAUCGGAAAGUGACAUACGAGUCCGACUUGGCUUGGGCUAGCUGGUUAGCAUGCUAACUUCAGUAGAAGACAAGACGUGAUGUUUGAUGCUGACCUCCCAACGUUUCUUCUACACUGGUAAGUAAACAGCUGUUGAUGCUAAUGUUAGCUAUGUAGCAAUAGCAAAACUUACAAAUGGCUUUGAAGGAUUUCUUCGACAUUUUGUGAAAUACGCUUCUUUGCAUUCUUUCCUAGUGUGAGAUGAGAAAAUCCACAUCGGUCUUAUGUCUGGAGUCAGGAGGUGGUUAGCGUAGCUUAGCAUAACGACUCAAGGGGAAACGGCUAACCUGCCUCUGUCCAACACCUUUAAAGCUGACUAAUUUAAAUGCUAAAUCUAUUUGUUUCACCUGCUUUCACCAUGAACUGUGAUGUAACAGUUGGAGGGACUAUUUCUUCACUUUUAUCUAUCCGCCAACGACAUCUUUGUGGUAUCUGCAGAUAUAGUGUGGGUCACUGCACAUUCACAGUGUUUUUUUAAGAAAUUGUUGAAGCACUAAUUGCCAUAUUUACAUUUCUCUUCAUAUCAAUGUUUGUGUAAAACUGAUAUGGCAUGUUAAUUAGUGAGUUUUUGAGAUCUUGGUUGUUAUAUUUUUCCAGGCUACUUGUCUUCCCCUGCCUCCAGCCUUUAUAUUGAGCUAAGUUUGAACCACACCCUGACUUCAGCUGCAUACUUUAACGCAGUUUAUUUCCCAAAAUGUUGAACUACUCCUUUUAAAAUCAUGUGUGUUUUAGCCUUUAGCACAAUUGUAACCUGCAGGAUCGUAGCUCUAGGAUUAACAAAAGGGAAUGAAGACUUCACAUGCACUGAACAACAGAGAGAUGUUUUCACGCGUUUAGUUUUAGCACUCACCACACACACACACACACACACACACACACACACACACACACAGCAUUUAAAAUGUGCACACUGUGUGUGUUAGCAUGUCUCGGUUUGCUGGAGACACACACACCCUGAUAAGUAUUACAUACUAUGUGGUUUAUGAGCAGAAGUGCACAUUUUAAAUGCUGUGUAUGUGUGUGCUUGUUAUUUACACUGACUUCACACACAUCAGUUGAACUCAGAUGUUAUCAUGUCACAGAGAGCUCAUGUGGUAUGAGCAGGACAUGAAUUACAGGCUGAGUGACGAACACAUUCCUCCGUCCCGCAGCUAAUUACGUCCAUGAAGUAGGUUUUGUGACACGUUGAACACGUCCUCCGGUCCCCAUCUUCAUGUUUACACACUGUGCACAUUCUGCCUUCUUCACCUCGCUUGAGAAUUUACACUGAACAACCACCAGUCUGCGUCUCCACCUUUAUGAAUGAGGAGGUGGUGCAAACAUAGUGUUGGUCGUACACACCGGGGGCCAGGUGUGUAAACCUCUGUGUGCAGACAAACACAGUAACACUCUCAUGGUUCUGUUUUAUAAAUCUCAUGUCUUGAAUAGAUGAUCCAUAAAUAGAUGCAACCACAUGUUUGCACCUGAAUACCUCUGUGUACCAGUCAAUGAAAAGAACAGAUGAGAAGGAGGUAGUAUCACAGAGAAGUCGUCAUUUUGUGUGAUCAGUACGCAAAGCUGUGUUUAUUUCUAACACUGUUAGUUCAUUCAGAAACAUCAUAAAACAUCAGAAAUAAAUCAAUGACUUAGUUUAUAGCACUUACACGUAUUAAAACACACUUUGAAAUGAAGGAUAAAAAGCCACUGUAAAUAAAAAAUACAUUUUAGAAUGAAGAAGCACUAAACCAAAACAUAAGAGCAACUUAACAUGACAUCAACUUUAUUGAGUUAAUACGCGAUAUAUUCAGGCACAUAAUUGUUAUUUUCUUUAUUAUUAUCAUGUUUUAGGCCUUUUUGCUGUAAUUGGCCAAGUGACAGUUGAGACACACAGGAAAUGCAGAAAGAGAGGAAGAGGAGUUUGCUCCAGCCAGAAUCAAACCAUGUCUUAAAGGGGUAGUUUGGGUUAUUUGACGUGGGAUUGUAUGAGGUAGUCAUGCAUAGUUGGUGUAUUUAUCUGCAGUAGAUUCAGAUCAGCAGGCUCUCAGUUAGCAGAGUUAUGUGUUGCUGUGCACGGGGCGAGCAGGAAAAACAUGUUUUAGACACUUAUAAAAGACGCCCACCGAAACAAUCCAAUAUCAGGUGAAAUGGACGCUUAAUUUAGAAUAUUUUCAGCGGUUUAUCUCCCCGUGAAAACAGCACUUUCCUUUGGUACUACAUUUUUUUUUCCAACUGCUGAACUACCAUACUCCUACGCACAAGCGCACCUAGGGAGCGCACUGUAUUAUGCUGCUUUCUCAUUCACUCAGGUGAACUGCGGCGGCGGCGUAAUACAGUCCUGCCCUACAGUCAGAAUCUACUCCACUGACUACACAUGACUACCUCAUACAACCUCACUUUAAAUAGCCCGAAUUGAUUCUGGUUCUAGUCUAUAAUGUUCUUUGAAAUAGAAGUUAUUUGCAUUUUGUUCGGGAAAAAUCAAAAAAAAAAAAAAUAUAUAUAUAUAUAUAUAUAUAUAUAUAUAUACACACACACACGCAUACAUAUGUAUAUAUUGGGCCUUUUAUGCCAUUUUUAGACAGACAGACGUGCAGCAGAGGUGUGGGAAUGACCUGGAGAUUGUCAUCAGUGAAACUGGACCAAAUCUAAACAAAUAGCUGUGUCUUUUGAUUCUGUCUGAUCUUAUGUUUAACCUCCAUCUUAUCGCACCACACUCAGCUUCCUCCAGUCCAGAAAACCAUAUGCACUCAUGGUGUGAAGCAGCGGUGCGUGUCCACUCAUCACAGGCUGUAACUGUAGUUCCUCCACAGUGACUUUCCCUCUCAGAUGGUUUCAUUUGAAGGAUUUGUUUUAGAGGCUCAAAAGAGGUGGAAGUGUCCAGUUUAACACAGGAAAAGAAGCUAAAAUUAGUGGGAAAAGAAGCUAAAAUUUAAAAUUUUCUUUUCAUAUCCUAUAGAUCUUCCUCAGACCUUGCAGAUAUAUGUCAGGAUACUUUGGGAAUGGGUUUCUGUACGUGUUGUUUCUACAUCUGGCCCCUGGAUUUUGUGUUAAAACAACAGCAACAUACAGCACAUGUUUUCCCCUUUGCCUCUGUCGGUGUUGAACUCUCCCUUUCACCCAGCAUGCUGUAGGUUCCCGCGGGGUUGAUCAGCUGACGUGUUUCAAAAUGUGAGAAAAAUUGAACAUUACAGCAAAAAAUAUUCUUGUAGAGAUUCAGUGAUACUUCUGCAUUAAUGUGCUUCACAUACUCUGAGGUACUGACUCUGAAACGAUGAGCUUAAAGAGGAGAUAACGGAGCCGCUGUGAUCAUCUGUGCUGCUAAGAAGGAAGAAACCAGGCAGUGUGACCGCUGUAAAUACUGAGAAUCUAUUUAUUUUCUUAAUAUAUAAACUCUCCAGCUCAUCUGACGUGGUAGAUGUUAGAUAUUUUUUAGUUAGGAUGUGUAGCUACUCUAGCUGUGCUUAAUUGUGUUCCACACCAACACCAUUUUGCCUCUUUAAUCUAAAGAGAAGGAGGAUUAAUUGUAAAGAUAGACUCCAAAAGCCAUUAAUACUCAAUGUCUGGAGAGGUUUUAGGUGAUGUGUUUAAUCUUUGUAACUUCGCACUGUCCUUUCUUUUUUUUUUUUCUUCAUGUCCUGUGUUUUAUGUCCUCAUGCUCAUUUCAGAAGAAGUUCAGAAGACGCAGUUUACAGAUGCACAUCGAAGUUCGUUCUGCCGUCGGCUCUAACCACUAUUACUGUUCGUUCAAUCUGCGGCAGCUUCUUGUGUCUCGUUGUCAUGGAGGAGCUGUGGUUUACAUUCGUCUUCUCGCAGUCAUCGUUAUGUGUGUGUUUGUGUCAGUGAUGUAGUUGAAAUUACUGUAGGUUGUUUAGGAUCUUUUUUUUUUUUUAAGCUUCCAGCUGACAGAAUCUGUCUCAGACUCGCCUUCCUGCUGCAGGCGUGACGUUUAAAGGUCCCAUAUUUACGCUUUUAUUUGAAUUGUUGAUCCAUAAGAAAAUAUAUUUGUGGUUUUAAGAACCAAGAACCAUCUCAGUGUAGUUUCACAUCUCCUCUCUCAGGCUUCUCUCUGGAACUAUAGUAACAACAGGUCAGUGAGCCAAUCAGAGGAGAGGAGGCUCUGAGCCUUAAUCCUUUUGUUGUGACAUCAUAAAGUCACAGAAGUCCUGACGGCUGGUUUUAAGGCUCAGUGUCUGAAUACAGGCUGUGUGCAUUUCUCUGUGGACUGAGGCUUUGAUACUUUCACAGUAUUAAUAUAGAACCUAGACCUGAUCUAUAAUCAAACAACACAUGGACAUCUACCUUUAUACUAUAUGGGACCUUUUAAAAAAAAUAAAAAAGGAGUUAUCCCAUCUGAAUUAUCAUCACCACCAACAUGUUGCCACAGGUCACUGGUGUUUCAGUACGACUCACUGCUCCUGUUGAAUCAUUUGAAGACGGCACAGAGGAUGUGAGAGCUGACGAGCCUCGUGACGCUGUUAAACUUGAACUUAUAAGUCAUUUGUUGUGUGCCAAACAAUGUUUUUUUUUUUUUGCUAACUUGGGUUAAUGUGAGUGCACUCUUCUUCUGUGCAUUAAGUCUCCACACCGAGUUCACCCCUGUGGAUUCUGCUGUCAACUGCAGCUGAAGGAAAAAACAGUUAAAGGGCUUUUGAUGUUGAAAAUGUUGUUACAAUAAAUUCAUCCUGGUUUUAAAA